AUGCGUUGUGCUAAGUUGCUUCAGUCUCUUUGCGACCCUAUGGACUGUAGCCAGCCAGGCUCAUCUGUCCAUGGGAUUGCCAUUUCCUCCUCCAGGGAUCUUCCUGACCCAGAGAUGGAACCUGCAUCUCUUACAUCUCCUGCAUUGGCAGGCGGGUUUUUUACUGCUAGCACCGCUUGGGAAGCCCCUGUGAGGAGUUUACAAAGGCAGACUUCACUGAGAAUAAAAGAAGAGAUCAAGAUACAUGAAAGUGUGGACCUGUCUUCUCCUGUGGAAGAUGGAGACAGAAUCGCCUUAGGGAAAGUUUGA